AGAUUUCUUACAAAUUUUUUCAUGUAUUUUAACGCCGGCGAAAGAUGUAUUUUAGCACAGGUCUGCACUCGAUGGAGAGAUAUCUUGUACAGGUCCCCGCGAUAUUGGUCUGGGCUCGUGCCAGUUCUGCAAUGCCGAGAAAUGCGCGGCACCCAAGGAAAUGAAAGGGCGAGAUUGUACGCAUCGCUAUUGCGAAGAGGUUUCCACAGUUUAUCCUUGAUGGGCGCUUCGGACGAAGAUGCCAUGGAUUUAGUUAAUACAUUUCCCUUAGCUUCAAAACAUAUACAUACUCUAAGCCUGAGAUGUUCCAGCAUUACCGACAGAGGAUUGGAAACGCUUCUAGAUCAUCUACAGGCACUCUACGAGUUAGAACUGGCAGGAUGCAAUGAGAUUACGGAAGCAGGACUGUGGGCCUGCUUGAAUCCAAGAAUAGUCUCACUUUCGCUUACCGACUGCAUCAACGUGGCGGACGAGGCCGUUGGAGCAGUUGCACAGUUAUUACCGGCUCUCUACGAGUUUUCCUUACAAGCUUACCACGUUACCGAUGCAGCUUUAGGUUACUUUUCACCCAAACAAAGCAAUUCACUCAAUGUACUCAGGUUACAUUCUUGUUGGGAAAUUACUAAUCACGGGGUUGUAAAUAUAGUGCAUUCACUUCCGAAUUUAACAAUUUUGAGCUUAUCAGGCUGUAGUAAAAUUACAGACGACGGUGUAGAAUUAAUAGCAGAAAAUCUACAAAAACUAAGAUCUUUAGAUCUGUCCUGGUGUCCUAGAAUUACUGAUGCUGCCUUGGAAUACAUAGCAUGCGACCUUAACCAGUUAGAAGAACUAACCCUAGAUAGAUGUGUACAUAUAACAGAUAUAGGAAUUGGUUAUAUUUCAACAAUGUUGUCGUUAUCUUCCCUUUAUUUACGUUGGUGUUCCCAAAUUAGAGAUUUUGGACUGCAACAUUUGUGUGGGAUGCGCAACCUACAAAUACUGUCAUUAGCAGGGUGUCCAUUGUUGACGUCGAGUGGCCUGUCUAGUCUCAUUCAGUUGCGGCAUAUGAGAGAAUUAGAAUUAACAAAUUGUCCAGGGGCAUCAAGAGAACUGUUUGACUACCUUAGAGAACAUCUUCCUCGUUGCCUCGUUAUAGAAUAAGUCGCCAAUUGUCCACUUGUUAUAUUUGAUACUAGACUGUGCAAUAAUUUCUACUUCAAUCAUUUGACUUAUCAUAGUUUUGUACAUUUUUUUUAUUUGCUUUUCGAAUUAUUAUUAUAAUUAAUAUCUACUUAAUAAGCUUCAAUAGAAUACAAAAUAUACAACUAUCUUCAGAGGGAAAUUCACUUGCACUUAAUAACUAUAAAAUUUGCCUGAAAUAAGCCACAGUACAGAUCCG